CGGGCCUGCUCUGCGCAGACCGGAAACCCAGCAGGCGGCGAAGAUGGCGGACGGCAGCGGUCGACUCGGCAAGAGCGGCGGGAGCGGUGCGGGCAAGGGGGCGGUGUCGGCCGAGCAGGUAAUUGCUGGCUUCAAUCGCCUUCGGCAGGAGCAACGGGGCCUGGCUUCCAAAGCAGCUGAGCUGGAGAUGGAGUUGAAUGAGCAUAGCUUAGUGAUUGAUACACUGAAAGAAGUUGAUGAAACUCGGAAGUGCUUCCGCAUGGUUGGAGGUGUGCUGGUAGAGCGGACUGUCAAAGAGGUGCUGCCUGCCUUAGAGAAUAACAAGGAACAGGCCAGUCCAGGUGAGGCCAGAGUUCAAACCCUAGUACCACCACCAAAUAGUUCCUUGCCCUCUAGAUACAGAAGAUCAUUGAGACAUUGUCACAGCAACUUCAGGCAAAGGGAAAAGAACUAAAUGAAUUCCGGGAAAAACACAACAUUCGUCUUAUGGGGGAAGAUGAGAAGCCAGCAGCCAAGGAAACCUCAGAAGGGUCUGGGGCUAAGGCCAGCUCAGCUGGAGUAUUGGUCUCCUAGGAACCAAGGCCUCUGCAUUUAUUUUUACCCUGACUCCCACUUCUCUUUAUUGUUAUUAUUAUUAUUUUCUCUACUAUUGUAAUAUUUUUUUGUUAAUUAAAUGUUUUGGUCAGAAUGGUUA